AUGCGAUUCGCAAGUGUAUGGCGGCGCUAUUCUCGCAUUGUUGUGGAUAUUGGUUUGUAUUCUGCGGAUAUAUCCAUAUUAUAUGCGAAAAUAUACACGAAACACUUCCAUUACUCUGGUGACAGCUGCCGACUCGUACACCACUACGUCCGGAUGAAGACGAUAGCUCGUAUUAGCGUCGCCGUUUUCGCAUUUCUUUCCUCUACAGUGAACAUCUACAUGUUGGUUUUCAUGUACGAGAAGGAAGCGAACGGUACACGGAUGGGGCACGAGCCUUUACUUACUCUUCAACAGCGACUCUCUCAGAACACCAGAAGUGGCCCAGUCAAUGUUCAUACUUCUUUUAAAAAUGAGGAGUCUAAUGAGGAGCCGAGUCCCUGGUAUGGCAUACUCGAUUUCUUCCCAGAACUUUGUAAAUUAGCACAAAGUGACCUAGAACCAAUCGCUUUAACUCCACGAAGUCGUGUUCGAAAAAAACUAAUGGUUGGUAUACCCGUGGCGGAAAGAGCGAAGGAUUAUAGCAUCGCCACACUUUCGUCUUUAUUCGAAAAACUUGACAACGACUAUAGGAAAGAUAUUGUGUUCCUUAUAAUGUUCGCUACUAUGAAUACUGAGUACUUUGAACGGAGAGCAGAUGAAAUAAAAAAGAGAUUUUCCAAUGAAAUCUCUGACGGACUUCUAGAGAUGAUCGCUGUUGCGCCUGCCUGGUACAAAACGGACAUUCUCAGCAUCCCAGCCACCUUCAACGAUUCAACAGACCGAAUGUUGUGGAGGACUAAACAGAACAUUGAUUAUAUCUACAUUAUGACGUACGCUAUUAAAAGAUGCGAAUACUACAUGCAGUUGGAAGAUGACGUCGAGGCUGCUCCUGCUUAUGCCCGAGUGAUAUUCAACUACCUUGCUUUGAAUAGCGGCACAGAAUGGUUAUUUAUGAGUUUCUCGUCUAUGGGUUUUAUUGGAAGGCUCUUCCGAAGCUCCAACCUGAAGUACAUGACCUAUGCGAUCGCACUCUACUAUCGCUUCAAGCCUGUGGAUUGGAUUCUUGAGGACAUACUCCGGAGUCGUUAUUGUAGUCUCGACAAAAAUAUGCGAGAAUGUGCAAAGGAAAUUUCCGCGCAUCGAAUCAGCUCUGGAACGUCACAAUUUCAACAUGUUGGCAAAAUUUCAUCGUUGAGAGGAAAGAUUCAGAAGAUACACGAUGGGAACUUCAACAAAGGACUUUCUCAGGGAAAACGUGGAAACCCGUCGGCCGAUGUCACGACAUCGAUGGUAGCAGCUAGGAAGCGACAGGAUCCAGAGAAUGCUUACAACAACAAUAUGGCUAUGUGGUUGAUCAAUCCACAAAUUGGAGAUUAUAUUUCAAUUGCAUUUCAUAGCAUUAUGAAUAUUACAGGUGUGAUGUUUCUGAGUGGUGUUCCGCCAGCUCCUGAAGAUAAAUUCGGACCUGAAACUAUCGUCAGCGCUUAUAACGGCACAUCAACAGAGAUCAGUCUAGGACAAUUUUCUGAGAAUGGCGAUUUUCUCUUUCAUUCGACAGGAAUCAUUGUUAAAGAAUUACGUAUUAAAGGAAUUCGCGGCGAAUCCGCCGGGACCCUCCUUGAAGUUCUCCCUCUAAUACUUCUACAAGAUUGUACCAAAAAUUUAAAGGCAUCACCACACGAUUCUGGGGUGGUGCGGGUUUCAGGGGGUUAUGCCUACACGGAGUCGCAGAUCAUGGAGAGAAGGAUGAUUCGUAAAAAACGGCCCAGAAGAUAA